GUAAAAAGGGAAUAUAUUAGGGCGAGAUGAUGGAUGGGAUUGGAGCGAGCGAAUUGAGUGAAGAGUAGCUUAGAACUAACAAGAUGCGGGGAGGAAACGUCACCGGCAACGGCAACGGCAACGAAGAUCGAUGGGGAACAACCGGAACGGCGAUUCGGAAAAAGGGCACGGGUGUUCGGGCAUGGCUGGUGGUAGACGGUACUGGAGAGGCGCAGGUGGUUGAGGCCGGAAAACACGCAAUCAUGAGACGUACCGGCCUCCCCGCACGUGACCUACGAAUACUCGACCCUCUUCUUUCCUACCCUUCCACCGUUCUUGGAAGAGAGAGAGCAAUCGUCAUCAAUUUGGAACACAUCAAAGCCAUCAUCACCGCCAAUGAAGUUCUUCUUCUCAAUUCUAGAGAUCCUUCCGUUACCCCUUUCGUUAACGAACUCCAAGCAAGAAUCCUCCGUCACCACAACGCCACCACCGCUCCUCAUCCUGAUAACCAAGACGAAUCUCACGGCGGCGGAAUCAAGAUUCUCCCAUUCGAAUUCGUAGCGCUUGAAGCGUGCCUUGAGGCGGCUUGUAGCGUGUUGGAGAAUGAAGCGAAGACGUUGGAGCAAGAAGCACAUCCUGCCCUAGAUAAACUGACAUCGAAGAUCAGUACUCUGAAUUUGGAACGCGUUCGUCAAAUUAAGAGCCGUUUGGUUGCAAUAACAGGUCGUGUUCAAAAAGUGAGAGAUGAAUUGGAACAUUUGCUUGAUGAUGAUGAAGAUAUGGCUGAGAUGUAUCUUACAGAGAAGAUACUUCAACAGCAAUUGGAACAAACCUCUUCCUCUGAAGAAGAAAAAGAAGAAGAAGAAGACGUUGAUGUUAAUCAUGAUCAUGAUCAUGAUGAUGACCAUGUGGAUAUUCAUCAAAGGGCACAGGGUGCUGAAAUAUCAUCGGAAGCGGGUAUAGGAGGAGGUGAAAGUAAUGAGGAUGCUGAUGACCAGAAUCAAAAUUCGGGAGAGGAAAUGUAUGGUGGUGCUUUAAAUAUAAUUAGCAGGGAUAGCCGUGGCACACGUGCAAGCACUACUUACAGUGCCGCCACCAACAAGCUUGACGUUGAGGAGCUUGAGAUGCUCUUGGAAGCAUACUUUGUCCAGAUUGAUGGCACUCUCAAUAAGCUAUCUACGCUGAGGGAGUAUGUGGAUGACACUGAGGAUUACAUCAACAUUAUGCUGGAUGACAAACAGAACCAUCUACUCCAAAUGGGAGUCAUGUUGACCACGGCAACUCUGGUGGUCAGUGCCUUUGUUGUUGUGGCUGGUAUUUUUGGCAUGAAUAUUCGUAUUGAGCUGUUUGAUCCUAACUUGUAUGGGAUGAGAGAGUUCCUCUGGACUGUUGGUGGCGGCACUGCUGGGACCAUAUUCUUGUAUGUGGUUGCCAUUGCAUGGUGCAAGCACAAACGCUUGCUGGAGUAAGUGGCACUCCAUUGUGCUUGAUCCAUAAAACAAUGUAAUUUAGUUGGAAAAUCAUAUUUUGUUUAUGUUUCUAUAGAAUGUAAUACAAGACUUCUACAGCAUCUGGUUGCUUUUUUCACUUGAAUGGUCCUUCAACCUCAACUAUUUUUUCUUGUACAUUAUCGUUUGGACAAAGUCUGCAACAUUGGUGUUAUGUAACUCUUGCUUCCAGUUCUGUAAUUUACUUACACAAAGAUUUCGCUAUAUGAUUCUCAUUUUUCAUCAUA